UUCAUCUUCAUCGGCUGCCUGUCGGUCAUCGAGAACGGGACCGACACUGGGCUGCUGCAGCCGGCACUGGCCCAUGGGCUGGCCCUGGGCUUGGUCAUCGCCACGCUGGGGAGUAUCAGGUGGGAACAGCUCUGAGCACUCUGCCUGGUGCCAACCUGGGGAGCCAGGCAGGGAGCAGAGCUGUGGGCAGGGACCCCUGGGCACAUGCCCAGGAUCCCAAAAGCAGUGUGGGUAAAAUGUGGGUUGGGCGAGGGGUCAGGCUGCUUGGAUUUGAAUCCUGGCUGUUCAGCCUAUGAGCUCUGUGGCUUUGACUAAGUCACUCCCCAAACCCAAACUUCCCACCUAUGAAAUGCGAACAGUGGGAGUAUUUUCUAAAUCUUAUUUCUCAAGCCAACACAUGAAGGAGAAAGGCCGGGUAACUCGUCCAGAGUCCCAUGGUAGAGCCAGGAGGCAAACCCAAGCUGUCUGUCCUAAACCCAGCAUCUCCUGGGGAAGGCACGAGAAUGAAAUGAUGUGAAGAGCUUAGUCUAUAGUAAGCGCUCAGCCACUGUUGGUUGCUGUGUUAUUGUUACCUUUAGGACGGGGCAUUUUGCUCCAGCCUGGGGUAAGGCAGAGUUAUGCAGAAGAACCCGCCGGGGGGGGCAGGGAGGCCCGAAGAGUUCCCCUUGCAUAGCCCUCCCCUGGACAGGAGCUCCACCGGGAGGUCGUGGGCUCCCAGGAGAACCAACCACAAUGACAAAUGUCUUGGAUGGAGUGUCUGUCAGGGGCCUCUAGAACCUGGUUGGUCUGUAUUUAAUCUCACACAGAAAACAGAUCUGAGUAAGGAAAUUGAAAUACUGUUUCCUAGAAAAGCAGAAUGGAAAGAGAACUUUAACAUUUCUCUUUAAAUAUCUAAGGGAAGCUGCAGGUGGGAUGAAACACAGAGUCUUCUGUUCGAUGACGGGUCUGGGAUUGAAGGCAGCCUUUGUCGCUGCUUAGCUGGGUGACCAGGGCAGUUGGCUGGCCCUCUCUAUGUUCAGUGGAAUCAAAGGGGAUGGUAGUGAUAGCUGGUAUUUAUUGAGCACUAACUAUAUGCUAGUACUCUGUGUGAACACGUAUUAGUUAUCUUUGCAACAGCCUUUGUGAGGUGGGGACCACUGAGGCACAGAGAGGUUAUGUAAGCUGCCCACGGUCAUACAGCUCUUCGGUGGCAGAGCUAGGGUUUGAACCCAGGCCAGCUGGCAGGAGAGAACAUCGCUUUGCGCUGCAGGAGACUGCCUACCUGAAAUGCCAGCCUUUUAUUCAGCCAUCUGUUUUUUGUCAACAAAUAUUUAUUCGGUACCUACCGUGUGCCCGGCACUGACUCUGAGGUUAUUGGAGCGCCCGACACAGCACCUAGCACCAGAGUAGGUGUUCAAUAAGUAUUUGUUGAGCAAACCAUGGAUGAGUAAACUAAGAAGGUGUCUUGAUUGUUUUACUGUUAAUGAGUGUGAAGUGUCCCAGCCUUCUUCUGGUAGAACCACACUCUGAGUGACAGUGUCUCUCCCCGUUUGGGCUGUGGGACCUGGUGGUGAGGCUGAUGGCCGAGAGGGUUCUAAGUCUCCCUCCUGCAGGAGGCCACCCCACCUCCACCUUCACCUCUCUGCUUUGGCAGAGCCCAGGCUAAGUUUGGUCAUGGACCUGAAUUGAGGCCAAGUAAGCCUGGCUGCCCCUCUCCCUGCCGGUCAAGUCUGAGAUCAGCUGGUGCUUCCUGAUCCUGCAGGAAGCUCACCCAAGGGCCUGUGCACAGAGCUGCACCUGACAAGUUGGGGCAGCUGGUCCUGAAGUGUGAGCAUGUUGGACAAAGUCCCUGUGUCCAGAGCCAGGGUCCUCUGUCCAGUCUCAGCUCAAUGCCCUGUGCCCAUUGGGUGGGCAGGCGCAUUGGUGGGCUCUAAACAUCUGGGUUGACAUGGGGGGGCCUUGGGGUCACUGUCCCUCUUAUUGGGUGUGUCCAUCCCAGGCACCAGGGGGAUUGGUGAGCCAACCUCUCAGGAUAGUUCCUUCAUCUGAGUGGGACUGGAUAGGAUGCCAAUGGGGGUAGCAGGGCAUUGGGGGGGGCCUCUAGGCUCUGGGGCUUGGACUGGUUGAGCAUCUUGGUGAAAAGGAAGGCUCUUGGCCCAUGACCUCUGGAAGGACCAGCCAAGUUGAACCAGCCCUUUGGCCUAGGUUCGACUUGGUCUAAUCCCCUUCACAUCCCAAACUCCAGAUCCCAAUCCCAACUUAAUCAUGAACCUCUAGCCUCGAUCCUGAUUCCCAGUGCCAUUUCCAGGAACCUCUAAUCUCAAUUUUACAGGCAACACUAGUCACACUUUCAGACCAAAAAUAGGAAUUUUACUGGUUGAGUUCCACCAAUAAAAAAUUUCAUUGGUUGAGUUCAACCAAUCAGGAGCUGUUGUUCAGGGCCUGGUUUCUUCUAAGGGGAGGCCAGGAUACCUGUCUUGGGCUGUGAGUUUGAAGCCUGGGGUCUCAUUCUGACCUGUGGCCACGGCUCUGAAGGGCUGGAUGCAGCUCUUAGGGGCUCUGGAAAGAGCUGAGGGACAGUUUCCCACCGUAUUCUUGUCUGGGCCACCCUGGGGUCUGGGUGUAGGACAGGAAUGGUGCUGCCCUCCCCUCCCAGGCUCUCCCCCACCACUUGGCACCUCGGGGAAAGUGGGCUUAAUUUGGUGCCUGUUUUCUACCUGGGCUGCCCUUGACAGACUCCGGCCCCUCAAGGCCACCUGGGGAGGUGGUGGGGCUGCUGGGACCCAGUGCCUGGGCCUUGGCCUCACGACUCCUUCUGCUUUUUUGGGUGACAGUGGUGGACACUUCAACCCUGCAGUGUCCCUGGCAGCCAUGCUGGUCGGAGGCCUCCACCUGAUGAUGCUCCUUCCCUACUGGAUCUCCCAGCUGUGUGGGGGGCUGAUCGGGGCCGCCUUGGCCAAGGCGGUGAGUUCCGAGGAGAGGUUCUGGAAUGCGUCUGGGGCAGCCUUCGUGACAGUCCAGGAGCCCAGGCAAGUGACAGGGGCAGUGGUGGCAGAGAUCAUCCUGACGACACUGCUGGCACUGGCUGUAUGCAUGGGCACCAUAAACGAGAAGACGCAGGGUCCUCUGGCCCCAUUCUCCAUCGGCUUCUCUGUCACCGUGGACAUCCUAGCAGGGGGAGCUGUGUCUGGAGCCUGCAUGAAUCCUGCCCGUGCCUUUGGACCGGCUGUGGUGGCCAACCAUUGGGACUUCCACUGGAUCUACUGGCUGGGCCCGCUCCUGGCCAGCCUGCUUGUAGGAGUGCUCAUCAGCUCUCUUCCUGUGAACCUCAAGGAUCCAGAGUGUCCUUCCUUUCUGCUCCAGGUUGUGCAGGGAUACAAGUUCUUCAUUGGAGAUGGGAAAACCCGCCUAAUACUUAAGGGGCGGUGAAGCUGAGAUGGUGGAAUUCCUGCUGCCCUAGGGGCCCUCAGUGGACCUGUCCUGGACUGCAGACCAGACAGGUCUGCAUUUCCUGCCGGGGCAGAGCUCUGAGAAGUGACUGAUACGCUUCCCCUGACUUGGGUCUGGCUUUUCAGAUGUGCUGGCUCUUUCGAAUUCCUUUGUGCUCAUCAGAGACCUCAGCCUGGGGAAUGUGUUGCCAGCAAUGCCCAGAGACAGAUAGCAACAAGCACAACAGAAGAGCUUUUCUUGACAGGGAAGGUCCCAGGAGCAGAAGAAUGGGUGGAAGAGGUGGCCGUUUAUGUGUCUCGGCUCACUUCCCUCCUCCCCUUUCUCCUUCUCUUGUUCCCUGAUUCCUCUGUUAUAGAAGGGCCUUCUUUGGUCUUUUUCCUUGCGGCCUGUGCUGUCAAUCUAGCUUUGCAAUAAAUAGUCCAAUGUUUCCUUC